GCCAGGCGAAGAGAGGCCGCGCACGCGCCUUGACCUGUCUCGCGCAACUUUCCCGGCGGCCCUUGGGAGGUUCUCUUGCCUCGGCCGGCUUGGGCGACCCGCGCGCGUUCUCGUCUCUCUCCUCCAACGGCCGCCGCGUGAGCACGCGCCCGCCCUCCCGGCGCCUCUAAGGGCGCGAUCGAAGGCUCCCACGCCCCCCGCUCGUGCUUUCCUCUGGCCCCGCCCCUUCCCGCGACCCCCCACCCGGCGCCGGGAGAUGUGAUGAGGAGUCCGGAGCGGUUCCUGAGCAGGCUGCCAACCUCUCCGUCCUGGAUGUGGCCGGUGGAUCCGGGACCCUACAGCUGACACAGUGACAAAAGCUGCCGAGCUUGGAGGUGGAGUAGGCGCGUAACCCACAGGAAGGAGACAUGGAGAGAGCGGGCGAGGCAUACGUGAACCGCGGCGAGGAAGAUGAGAUGGAAAUCUCUGCCUACAGCCCCUGCUGCUGGAAGCUGGUGCUGGUCUCGCUGGGUACGGUGUGCAGUGGAGGUUUCCUCCUCCUCUUCCUCUAUUGGCUGCCAGAGCUGAGUGUCAAGUGGACCUGCCGUACUGUGCCACUGCGGGAUGCCUGGGUCGUGCUGCUGAGGACCACGGAUGAGUUCCAGACUUGGUCCAGGGUCCGGGUGCAUUCCCUCUUUGCCCCCGGAUCCAGCCCCUUGGGCUUCCCCCAGGUGUCGGAGAGCAAGAGGCCUCUGUGCCAGGCCAGCCAGCUGGAGGACUGGGAUUGUGAGGAGGGGCUUCUCCCCCAGCACGCACGUGGUGGGGAGCAGGCAGAGACCCGCUUCUUCGUUCACCACAACAUGCGCUACCUCUGGAGUGUCGAAUCCCAGUCUUUCCAGCGGCUCAGGGCCCUGGACCUUGGGCUGCCUUGCUCUGCCCUGCAUGCCCUCCACGGGGCUGGCCUCCCUCGCAGCAUCCAGGACUACCGGAGGCUUUUCUAUGGAGCCAACCAAAUUGACGUGCAAGUGCCUUCCCUCCCCAAACUUCUCAUCAAGGAAGUGCUGAAUCCCUUCUACAUUUUCCAAGUCUUCAGCAUGGUGCUGUGGUCCCUGGACAACUAUUACCUGUACGCCUCUGCCAUCCUCUUCAUGUCGCUCGUAUCAGUCUGUUCCUCCCUCUACACCAUCCGGAAGCAAUACAUCCUCCUGCACGACAUGGUUGCUGCACACAACACCAUCCGGGUGGCAGUGUAUCGAGGGCCAUACGAGACGGAGGAGAUCUUUUCCACAGAGCUGGUGCCGGGUGAUGUUUUGCUGGUGCCUCCGGAGGGCCUGACCGUGCCGUGCGAUGCAGUGCUGCUGAGUGGCACGGCCAUUGUCAACGAGAGCAUGCUCACCGGCGAGAGUGUCCCUGUGACCAAGACAGCCUUGCCUGGCCCUGCCCAAGGGGGCAGGGGGCCGCUCCAGGAUCCACCCUAUGAGCCAGAGGAGCACAAACGGCACACACUCUUCUGUGGCACUUCCGUCAUCCAAACACGGUACUACUCUGGGGAGGCUGUACGGGCGCUGGUCAUCCGGACAGGUUUCUCCACCUCCAAGGGGCAGCUGGUCUGCUCAAUUUUGUUCCCGAAGCCGACAGAUUUCCGCCUGUACAGAGAUGCCUACCAUUUCCUGCUGUGCCUGGUCGGUGUGGCUGGAAUUGGCAUGCUGUAUUCGGUGAUCCGCAGUGUGCAGCAGGCGGAGCCAGUUGGCCGCGUCAUACUGGAGUCCCUUGACAUCCUGACCAUCACAGUGCCCCCUGCACUGCCAGCGGCCAUGACUGCUGGGGUGGUGUACGCCCAGCGGCGCCUGCGUGGGCAGCAGAUCUUCUCCAUCAGCCCCCAGCGCAUCAACAUUUGUGGGCAGCUCAACUUGAUGUGCUUUGACAAGACAGGAACCUUGACUGAGGACGGGCUUGACUUCUGGGGGUUUGUACAAGCACAAGAUGGCUGCUUCCUCCCGGCAGGGCAGGACAUCCGAGCACCCAACCUGACUGGCUCGCCCUUUGUUGCCACCAUGGCAGCCUGCCACUCACUCACCACCAUUGGGGGAUGUCUCUCGGGGGAUCCCCUUGACCUCAAGAUGUUCGAGGCUACCGGCUGGGUCCUGGAGGAGCCCACUCAAGAAGAGACAGCCCUGCAUGACCAAAUCCAGCCCACGGUUGUGCACCCACCGGAUCAAACACCCCCUGAAACCUCGGAGGGAAUUCCUGAGGAUGAGGCACUCAUGGAGUUGAUGAAAGCCUACCAGAUUGGCAUCCUGGUGCAGUUCCCCUUCUCCUCGAGCCUGCAGCGCAUGAGCGUCGUGACCCGUACGCUGGGGCAGAAGCGCCUGGUGGCCUACAUGAAGGGAGCACCUGAGACGGUGGGCAGCCUCUGCCGCAAGGAGACGGUUCCAGACACCUUCUCUGCAGUGCUGGAAUCCUACACGCGACGGGGGUUGCGCGUCAUCGCGCUGGCAAGCCGGCAGCUGGAGAAGAAGUACACCUGGCACAAAGUCCAGCACAUCAGCAGAGACCUCAUCGAGUGCAACAUGGAGUUCUUGGGCCUUGUCAUCCUCCAGAACAAGCUAAAGCCUGAGACGGUGCCGGUUCUGGCUGAGCUGCACAGAGCUCGCAUCCGCCUUGUCAUGGUGACAGGAGAUAAUCUGCUGACGGCCAUUUCCGUGGGCCAUGAGUGUGGCAUGAUCCCGGCCAAGGGGAAAGUGAUUUUGACUGAAGCCCUGCCCCCCAGGGACGGGCAGCCAGCCACCAUCAACUGGCAGUAUGCGGACGAGCUCUCCACGCUGGAAAUCUCGGACAAGGCCAGCAAGGAGGAGAUCAAGCUGAUGUUGGACGAAGAGGAGGCGCCGCCUCCUGCACCUCGGCCAGGUGUCCCAGAUUCCAGUUACCACUUUGCCAUCACUGGGAGGUCCUUCUCGGUCAUCUUAGAUCAUUUCCCAGAUCUCCUCCCGAAGUUGCUCCUCUGUGGCACCAUCUGUGCCCGGAUGGCCCCAGACCAGAAGACGCAGCUGGUGGAAGCCUUGCAGAAGAUGGACUACUACGUGGGCAUGUGUGGGGAUGGUGCCAACGAUUGCGGGGCUUUGAAGCGGGCUCAUGCAGGCAUCUCCCUCUCUGAGUUAGAGGCCUCCGUGGCUUCGCCUUUCACUUCCAAGACACCCAACAUCUCCUGCGUCCCAGACCUCAUCCGGGAAGGCCGCGCUGCCCUCGUGACCUCCUUCUGCGUCUUCAAGUUCAUGGCCCUGUACAGCAUCAUCCAGUACCUCAGCGUCCUGCUUCUCUACUCGACUCUGGGCAACCUGGGAGACGUGCAGUACCUCUUCAUUGAUGUGGCCAUCAUCAUGUCUCUGGCCUUCACCAUGAGUCUGAACAGAGCUUGGGGGGAGCUGGUCCCCCAGCGGCCGCCCACCAGCCUGGUUUCUCCGCAGCUGCUGCUGUCCGUCUUCACCCAGAUCCUUCUCUCUCUGGGCUUCCAGGUGGGGGCUUUUCUCCUCGUCCAGGAACAGCCUUGGUACCGCAGUGGAGAGAAUGGGGCCUGUGGCCUUGCUUCCAACAGCACAGCCCUGAUGAACGUCACAGCAGGGCCAAAGCCCGAGGCAGAGGACGGCGAGGCUGACUCCGUGUGCAGCUUUGAAAACACCACCCUCUUCUACGUCUCCUGCUUCCAGUACGUCGCUGUGGCUCUGGCUUUUGCCAAGGGACGACCCUUCCGGCAGCCCACCCGGACCAACGGUUUCUUUGUCGCCUCCCUCAUUGCCACCUCCGGCUUCCUGCUCUUCCUCCUGCUCUGGCCGAUCCCUGCCCUGGACAGGUUCUUUGAGCUGGCUUGCAUCCCGUUUGACUGGAGACUCAUCCUCCUGGUUUUGGCGCUUAGCAACCUGGUGCUGUCCCUGUCCCUCGAGAACUUCAUCUGUGAUUGUGACAUCCUGUGGCAGUGCAUUUGCUAUACGAGGCAGAAGUACGAGUCUCCAGCCCAGGGCACCUGCCCUCAGCUGGAGCUGGAUGAGAUGGCCCCUGGGCACUCCUGCCGCCGGCAGGCGUCUCCCCGGGCCAAGUACCAGCGCCUGGCCCAGGAGCUGCGCUUCGAUCCAGACUGGCCUCCGCAGCCGCAGACGAGCACCAAAGCCCAGGUGCCUCCUGCCGAGAGCAGCACGUGACGGCGCUGGACCCAGCAGAUGGGGAUUGGCGUGGGAGGAAGGCUGUUCAUCGUCUGGCCUUUUGGUACGGCUCCAGGCAGGCUAUAAAGGCUGCAGUCCUUGCUGGGAAGUACCUUCCAAAAAUACUAAUUCUGCACCUUCCUAGCAGGAGCUGCGCUAAAGGGAGGAGAAAAGGCUCGUGGGAACUGUAGUUUAUAAGCUGCUAUUAUUUAUGUAAGGUGGCUGCAUCGACGUGUCCCUCUCCCCCAAGCCAUUCAGUAUUCAGCCCUUACGUUCUCUCUCAUCCCCCUCCCCCCUCCCAGCCAUCAUAAUCCUCCAAAUGGCCUCUGAGCGGUACCAGUAAUUAGUAUUACUUUGUUAAUUACCUCCAGGGAUUGGGGAUGGAGUUAGCCAGAGGGCUGAUCUUUGGGGGUCUCUGCUCACAGGACACCCCCCCCCAAAACCUUCCUGGCAAGUGGUGAGAGCCGGAGGAGCUGACCCCUCUUUCCGGAGUGAGGAGGAGCAGCCCUUGGCUGUGGCCUCCAAAAAGGGGCUUUUAAAACAUCGUCUUUCACUAUUUUGUUAAAAGACAAGAAAUAAAGAUGAUUGUAUAGAACUUUUAAA